AGUGAUGGCACCAAGGAAAUUUCUCUGUGUUUUCCACUGCUGAGAAUUUCCUGGGUCAUUGUCGGCUUUUCUACAGCACAGUCUCCUAGUGUUGCAAUCGCUUACUCCUCCUCUAAGAGAGAAGGAGGAGGUGAGAUUAAAACCACUGAACAUGUACAGAAGUAUAUAGGCAGCAGUAAGUAGCCGGCUAGGAUCACUCAGGUCUCGGGAAACCAUGACAGUACAAAGGGCAAUGCUGAGAGUCCUAGUGCUGGGGCUGACUCUGCUCUCCUCAGGACUGCUGUGCUUGGGGCAAUCAGAUAUUGACUACCGCAGACCCAUUAGAGUCAACAUUGAGUGCUGCACAGCUGUUUCCAAGGCCAGGAUUCGAUAUCCAAUCACCAGCUAUAAAAAGCAGUCUGCAGCCAAUCUCUGUGUGCAUGCGAUUAUACUCCGGACCACCAACCAUGGAUCAUUUUGCGUUGACCCAAAAGCCAAGUGGGUGCGUAAAAAGGUGAAGAGGCUGAACAAUGGGGAAAGCAAAGCACCUCAAAAAACAAAGAAGAAGGGAAGGAAUAAUCAGAAGAGGAAACAGAAACAACCAAGGCCUACUGUGAAACCCUCUCGGUUUCCUCUGACAUCAACAGCUCCAGCACUGACAUAAGGAAAUGUCCCACAAUGACUUGUGCCUGAAGACUGCACUGCUACCAAGGCUCAUGCUGCAAAAAUGUCCUGUUUUAAAGCUACGCCAAGAUUUUAUUUUUAUAUUUUCUUUUUUUAACUUUGUGUGCUUUUUACAUGUUUGAAAUCUAUAUUUAUUGGUCCGCUAAUAAACGAUAUAUAUUUACACAUA